GGCGGGCGCCCCAACGCAGGGCUUCGCCAGAGACUUCGUUUUUAGGAGGCAACCAGCUUCCUGCGCAUGCCGAACGCAGUGUGCAGGAGCUGCUCAAGUUCGCUGGGAGUCGUUCAGCGUCAGCAUCCGCAUCGGCUUCUUCAUCUCGAAAGGCAAGUCAGGAGAAGCCUAGAGCAGGAAGGUCUGAUGCCUUUGCGCAAGGAGGGAGUACGAGUAGUUUUCUGUUUACGGAGACCGAGGAGAGGACCACAGGUCGAGGACUUCCAGCGACCGGAGGACAGGGACACCAGCAUACUGCUGCCACUGGAGUACAGAUGAAAAACACGACUGCUGGUCGUACAAAAACUACAACAGGAAAAGGAGCACCCCUUUCCGCAAGGGGUGGCACACCUGCAUCUGCAUCUGGUCGUGCUCCACCUACAGGACCCACUGGCACUGCAUCGUGGUCUGGUAGUAGCAGUACAAGCAGGCUGAAUUAUAGACCACCAGCAUCAGGCACAACAGCUCGUGCUCGUUCCCUGUCCGCGCACCAACGACCGCCUGCUCCAGGAGCACAAGAUUUGUCUAGACCGCGAGCUACAACAGCCGCCAACACAAGUAGAUUGAGUCCCGCAGCGUCGUCAUCAUUGAAUACUAGUGCUGCUUCAUCCGUUGUGUCGAAUGGAGAGGGUCAAGCUCGGGUCAAGGCAGUAGGAACACGAAAGAAGCCACCCGCUGGUGGAGUGAAGUUAUGGCCAUUCGUCGUGUCUCAGUAGUAGGACUACUGUCCUCGUCAAUCGAAGAAUUUCAAUUUGUUAGAGAACCACCUAAACUUGAACUUCUGAAGUUGUUCAGCUCUACCCCUAAUUCGCAAAGGAACCUUCGGAACGACAGCACGUGACAGCCGCGCUGGUCUCCCAGAUGCUAUUGCGCGCAGUUUCGUUGCGACAGCUAGCAACGGACCGAGUGGCAUUCCAAGUCCCUCAACAUCCUCAACAGCAUCUAAAAACACCAUGCCUAGUACUCAAGGGGGUCCUGCAGCUUCUGCUGACGCACGAGCAGGAGCACGCUCCGGAGCCUUUCGAACCACAGGAGCAACGACAUCAAAGAAGCAGGGUGCUGGCGUCAACUUUUCUACCACAAAAACGGUGAGAAAAAUCAGUCACGAUGGGGAGAUCGAAGAAGAUGCAGCAUCAGAGAUUGUCGUAGUUCUGUCAUCUUCACCUGCGAAACCAGGAGUAAAAAAAAUAGAGCAAUUAGUUUCCCCCCAAGAUGAGAAUAACAGUGCUGCAGAGGAGCAUCGACCGACCUUUCCAGUUCCGAUAAGGACACCGAAUCAAGAGGAGAGCAACCACGCGACAGGCUUGAGUGUUGCUGUGCCUGCCCAGCAUCAAAUAAGGGUAGGUUAAAGGUGCUUUUGUUACCGUUUGUUAUGGCUCUCUCCCUUAGGUGGGGACAGCCAUAACAAGCGGGAUAAACGACCACCAUAAGCCUACCUCUAAAUCACAAUGUGUUCCAGUCUGAUCAGCUUCGUGAAGCACAGUUGACGCAACAUUCUGGUGGACUUGGUCACAGUGAGCAGCACAAUGCUCCUGCACAACCCCUACCAGCUGUGUUAAAUCAUCCUCAACAAGAACAAGUCGACGGACAACAAGAUGUCAACAUGUUCCAGCCAGACCCUGAGCAGGUAGCAGAGAUGGAGCGUCUCGAAGUAGAGCUCGCUUCGUUGGAGGACGUAUUGAAGCACAAAACAAGCGAGAUUUCCACUCACGUGCAACGACUUCAAGCAGAAACACCGACUGGGGUUCCACUAGUUCCUAGUCACCAGGAACAACAGACCAGUGUGCUGGGUGGUUUAGGUCAUGUGGGGGCUGCGCAGCAACAGUUAUAUCCACCAAAUGAGGCAGUACAGCAUCAUCCGGUUCUCGGACAUCAUCAUCAACCACAUGGCACACAAGCAGCAGCGACAGGAGUAGCAGUGCAUCACCCGCAGCAUGUAGCGCAUCCUCACGUUGUGGCUCACCCUCAUGCAGCUCAUCCUCACGUUGUGGCUCACCCUCAUGCAGCUCAUCCUCACGUGGCUCACCCUCAUGCAGCUCAUCCUCACGUGGCUCACCCUCAUGCAGCUCAUAGUCACGUGGCUCACCCUCAUGUCGGUGAACAUCCUCAUGGUGUUACUCUUGGCGCGCAACACCACCCUGCUCAUUAUGCUCCGCAGCAUCAUGCUCCGUUGA